AUUUCAUGAGUUAUGCCGUAUUAAAAUAAAAAAAUGAAGUUUUUUAAAAUUAUAUUGUUUACAGUGUGUACUGCUAUUGCAAAUUCAGAAUCUUUGGAAGAUACCUCAGAAUCUCUAUUAACAACAACUACAGAAAUCUCAAAAUUAAGAGCCGCCAAGACCAAAACUGAAUUUGUACCGUUCGAACCACAUAAUGCACCCAAGGAAGGAUUCAGUAAACUGAAACAAAUGAGACCAGGUAUAUUGCAAUACAAACAAACACCCACAUCACUCGAAGCAUCUAUUUAUAAAAUGUCAGCAUCAAAUAAGGAAAGCCUAAAACGAAAAAAAACAAGUACUGAAACACCUCCAACAUCGACACCAGCAUUAGAAGCGGAAUCAGCCCAACAACCAGAGUCAAAGCAAGCACCAUCGAAACAUCAGGAGAAAACUGAGUUUCAUAAUGAAUUGCGUACAUCAUUAAACGAAAAGACAGUUGCUAAAACCAAAUCCAGUAUCGGUUCCAAUACUGACACUAGCUCAAACGUCAAUACACACUAUCAUGUGCACUACAUUCAUUAUCCUGGCAUGGAAUCUCCAAAAACACAUUCAAGCCGUUACAAAUCCUAUACAUCAGAUUUGGGACGCCAACCGAAGUUAAUGAAUAAAAAGGCGAAUAACUCGAAACUCGUGAAGCAAUUUAUCCAACAUUCUAAAAAAAAGAAAUUUCACUCUAGAGCUAACAAACAAAAUCUGAUGUUAGUAAAACCCCAUAAAAAACAUUUUCACAAAAACUCUCGUCAUCAACAAAUACGGUCAAAAAUAAAAUCUAAUCGAAAGCCACGACCGUCAAGAAGAAUGUUCGGCUUUGAAACUAAAAUUCUGAAUACAACACAAGAUGAUUUAAACGUCACAUCACCAAACCAAAACCUGGACGAAUGUGCUUCAACUACGCCAUUUAAUUUAACAUCGUUCCAUGUACAAUACUUAAAAAUUAUUCCAGAAGAUAACCCAACAGCAUCAGUUACCCCAGAAUUUGCUGUCAUACCAAUAAAAAAUGAAGAAUAUUUGAGAGUAUGGAAUAGAUCACCAGUGGUUUCUCAAAGUAAGAAAAGGCGACAUAAGCAGACACUGAAACGUAAACGUCUACAACAUAUCAAAAAUGUCCUAAAUUAAGUGUUAAGAACACCUAAAUCGAAUAUCGGAUAUUUUUGGGAAAAAUUUUUUAAAAGCACGUAAAUUAACCAGUUUUUAUAAUGGAAAAUAUUUUCAAUACCAGGAUAUUGAUUAUUAUUAUACCUUAAAAAUUUUACAUUUUUCA